UUAAGUGAUGAAGCUGUGUACUUUGUCCACCACUGGUUUUUACUGUUAGUUUCAUGUACAUGUUGCUAUAACAACGCUUCAUGCAAAUGAUGAUGGCCAAAUUGAGGAACCGAAAUGAGAAGCAAGUCACCAGGAGAACAAAAUCACCAACUGACUUUCCUGAAAGAGAUCGAGCUUUUUAAAUCGCGGCGACAAACACGGAGUAACUGGGGUGGAAAAUGAAUAUUAGUACUUUGAAUGAAGACGUCUUGAAGAGACUGUCAACGAUGUUGGACAACGCGACUUGUGGAUGGAGGCAGCUUGCCAACGCUGUGUCUGAGCAACCAAAGCUCUGCUGCAGUGAGAGAGAGCUGACCGCCUGCUCCCUUCAGGUGCUCAGUGCUGCAGGCAGCCCAGGACGCACCCUCCUGGCCUGGCUGGCCGAUCGUUCCUGCUCCCUCGACUUCCUGCUUCAUUGCCUGAGGAAGAUUGACCACCAGGAAGCUGUGCAGUACCUCACCUCCAUCGUAGCAGAGCUGAUACAGAUCACAGUGCAGCCUCAAUCUCAGCCCACCACAGUGGGGGGCAGGGUGGUACUGACGUGCAGAGCCUCAGGUCCACCUGGACUCGGCUACCAGUGGUUCAGAGGAAAAGAUGAGAUAUUGGAUGGGACAGGGUGCACACAAGAGCUGAUUCUGUGUCCUUUAGCUCAAGUCCAUCAGGGUCACUACAUCUGUAGGGUCAACCAUGGAGAAAACGUUGUCUUCUCUCAGUGGGCUCAAGUUCGCUGCAUCCUCUCUCCUGGCUGCAGUAGCAGUCUCUUUCCAGGCUCAGUGAGUGGGCUGCGUAUCACCCAUCAGCCUCAGUCUCAAGCGGUGUCUGAGGGCGACACUCUUUUCCUGGAGUGUAAUGCAGAGGCCAACCCUCCACCCAAGUAUGAGUGGUAUCACAACACUGUGCCCAUGGAACAACAAAAGACACGAACACUCAAGAUGCCAUGUGUGACAACAGCAAACAGAGGACAGUACAGAUGCAAGGUGUUCAAUUUGUAUCACGAGGCAUUGAGCAGCACAGCAACAGUCACCAUUGGCCCAAGCUCUAUCACUGAGGCAACCUGGGUAGAAGUUGAUCGUGGGCGAGACUCACAAGAAGUCCACAGGUCAGGAGCAGGUAUAUACCCACUACAGCAGAUGGGCAAACCAUCACCAUCAGUCAAACGUUUCUAUGCAACAGACAAAGUUGCUCUCCUGAUUGGCAACAUGAACUAUGUCUACCACACUCAGCUGUCUGCUCCCAUUGCUGAUGUCCAUGAGUUGACCAACCUCCUCAGACAAAUGAACUUUAAGGUGGUUUCUCUGCUCGACCUCAACUGGCAGGAGAUGCACAGCGCUGUUACAGAGUUCCUCUUGCUGCUUGACAAGGGGGUCUAUGGUUUGCUUUAUUUUGCUGGCCAUGGUUAUGAGAAUUUCGGCAACAGUUUCAUGGUUCCCAUCGACGCACCGACCUCCUACACAUCAGAGCACUGUGUGUGUGUUCAGAAAAUACUGACCAGGAUGCAGCAGAAAGAGACAGGGCUUAACGUGUUUCUGCUGGACAUGUGCCGCAAAAGAAACCCAAAUGAUGAUAUCAUUGUACAACCAGGAUUGCUUAAGGUGACAGCUAAUAUAGUGUUUGGAUACGCCACAUGUGUGGACGCAGAGGCGUAUGAAGUGAAGAGAAAAAACGUCUCAAAUGGCAUCUUCAUCAGUUUCCUCAAGCAAAGAGUCUCGGAAGACGAGAAGGUCACAGUCAUGCUGGACAGAGUGGCUGAAGAUAUGGGUCAUUGUAGGAUCACUAAGGGGAGGCAGGCUCUGGAGCUGCGCAGUAAUCUUUCAGAACGACGUUGCCUCACCGACCAGAUACAGAGCUCUGACUGUUCUGCCUCCCAAUCUGUCCGAAACCUGCAGUGGGCUGUUGCUCAUGACCUACCAAAGAGUCGAUACCUGCAGUUUGACUGCGGAGUGAAGGUGCAGCUUGGAUUUGCUGCAGAGUUCUCCAACAUCAUGGUCAUCUACACUCGGAUUCUUGAGCAGCCCGAAGAAAUCGUAUCCUGUUCUGCUCAGCUUACUGACUUCCCUGCGGAUGUCGACAUUGAUCUGAAGCAGAGUAACCAGGAGACUCUACUUGAAGCUGGCAGUUUUAUGUUGAUUGAGGAAAGUCUUCCUUCACCAGAGGCCCCUAGUCUCUACACACGUGUCCGAAGCCUGCAAAGACUCAGGGUGGGACUCACAUUCACCAUCUGCCUCCAUUACACCUAUUCCAACAUGGAUGAUGAAGUGCAGGAAAGGCAGCCGGUGACAAUUGGUAAACCACUGGUCUCCAAACUCAACCUGCAUGAACCGCGACCACCUUGCACUUCUUCCUCCUCAUCCUUCAGCCUUGACUCCUUUAACCUCACUGAAUGCUCCUCCCUGACUGAGGCCUUUGCCUCUGUUGGUUCAUCUAACGCAUGGACAUGUUAUGCACAAACUGGAACACAGUCUAGCAUCACUGACUCUUGCCCUUCAAUCAGUGGCGCUAAUGUUCCAGAGGAGAGUGACACUUCUGACUUUUUGGAUGCACCAAGACCUCUUGUUACCAGCAAAAGUUUGCCUCUCGGCCAAGUGAAUGAGACAAACUACAAAUUCAGUGACAUGUACAAUUUUCAUUCUCACUAAGCACUAUAACACCUUCAAUGACAGCCACAUGCUGAUAAAUCAGAAGUACACAAAAACAAACAAGUGAGAUAAUGAAGGCAAAAGCCUAUGAAUAUACUAUUUUCAUAAAGCUGACUCAAGCACCGGUUAUUGAAUGUGUUCCAUUGAACUUAAUUAGGUGUGAUGUUUUGUUGUCAUUUUUUGUAAUACUUUAACCUGGGGGGACAGGGCUUUCUCUGUCGCUACCUCCACCCUCUGGAACUCUGUCCCCCAACACCUCAGACUC